AUGGCAUUCUAUACAAACAACGACCUGGUCAUGUGUAGAGCCUUCUCAUUAUCACUCAAGGAAAAGGCAUUGGAAUGGUAUACCACUCUUCCUCCCAACACAGUGGAUUGCUUCGCCACUAUAGAGACCCUCAUAGGAGACAAUUCGCAACCAAUCGGAGACAAACUUGAUAACUUUUUGGCAAAGAUAACACCCAAGGAAUUGGUUAACACCAAACAAGAAAAGGACGAAACUUUGAAAGCCUUUAUGAAAAGGUAUAAUGAAGUCGCACGACGAGUUAAAGAUGUUAAUCACACUUUUAUCAUCAGCAACCUGCCUUCAUGCCUAAGGCCAGGAUAUUUUGCUGAAAAAUUAUAUGCGCGACCACCAAAAACAAUGGAUGAACUUCAGGAAAGAGCAGCUGAAUUCAUCUGUAUGGAGGAAAUGCGAAUCUCACAAAGAAAUCAACAACAUGAAGAUGAUGUAGGUGGAAAGAGAAGGGACAACAAACAAACGUUCAGCGACAACGACAGGGGAGGAGGGUCUCGACCAAAGGAUUUGCCCCGAAUGCCUGAGUUUCGUCAUUACACAGCUAUUAAUGCACCCAGAGCAAAAAUCCUCGAGGAAGCUCUUAGUACUGAACUUCUUUUGGUUAGGAAACUUCAUUCACCUAAAAAUGCCGAUGGAGGAAGGCACUGCCAAAACCAUCAGAACCUUGGACAUACCACGGAUAAGAAGAUCAUCAAGGUCUCCACAAUGAAGUACCGAACGACCCUGUAG